AUGAUUGGAAGUUUCGCUACUUUGUAUGGUUUCAAUUUGGAACAAACUUGGUAUUUAUCAGAAAAGGGGAUUUGGGAAACGUUGGAUUCAAGUAGAGAUGGUGGAUUUCGAAAAAGAAUUAUUCACACUAAAAUAGUAACUGAUGUCAUUUUUGUGAUUUUGACUUAUUUAACGCAUAGAAGAAUGAAGAAAUUGAGCAUUACUAAUCAAAAAGUGAGUUUUUCUUGUUUUUGUUAAAAACUGUAACUGAUUGUGAAAUUUUUUUUGGAAUUCCUGUGAUUAAUCAUGGAAUUCUUGUGAUUAAUCACAAGAAAAUUGAAUAUCAAAAGUAAGACAAACCAAAUCCUACUGUACAAUUUUAAUACCCUAUAUAUUUUUUUGAGAGCAUUUUGAAACUUUUGAUUCUUCAUGUGCCGAUUCAAAUAAUAUUCUAUGUUUAUCAAACUCAUGUUAUGUUUCGAACCAACGAAGUAACUUUUAUGGAACUUUUUGUAAGUUAUUAGAACGUAUGGGUUACACUAUUUACUUCAAUAAUUUCCAGCUCAACACAAUCCUAGUUUUCGAAUAUUCCGGGAAUGCAUUUUUAUUGCUAAUAACAAAUAAAAGAACACGAACCCAGUUAUUAGGCUGGUUCAAAGCCAAGGAAAAUUCUAAUAAAAUUUCGACCACCAUCACUUUUUGA